AUGGCGGCUUAUAGAGCUGACGAUGAUUACGAUUUCCUCUACAAGGUGGUACUUAUUGGUGAUUCCGGUGUCGGUAAAUCUAACCUCCUCUCUCGAUUCACGCGAAACGAGUUUAGCCUCGAGUCUAAAUCCACGAUCGGUGUUGAAUUCGCCACCCGAAGCAUUCGUGUCGAUGAAAAAAUCGUCAAGGCUCAGAUUUGGGACACGGCUGGUCAGGAAAGUGCAUACUAUCGAGGAGCUGUAGGGGCUUUGCUUGUCUAUGAUGUUACUCGGCAUGUAACGUUUGAGAAUGUUGAGAGAUGGUUGAAGGAGCUUAGAGACCACACAGACGCCAACAUUGUGAUCAUGCUUGUUGGUAACAAGGCGGAUCUACGUCACCUAAGAGCUGUUUCAACCGAAGACGCCAAAGGCUUUGCUGAGAGAGAGAACACUUUCUUCAUGGAGACAUCUGCACUCGAAGCACUGAAUGUCGAAAAUGCUUUCACUGAAGUGCUUUCUCAAAUAUACCGUGUGGCAAGCAAGAAAGCGCUCGAUAUAGGAGAUGAUCCGGCUACUCUUCCUAAAGGACAGAGUAUCAAUGUCGGGUCUAAAGACGAUGUUUCUGAGAUCAAGAAGGUCGGAUGCUGCUCAAGUUGA